UUGUAUUACAAUAUUUUUUGGAAAUAAAAAAACUAGGAAGUAAUAUUACUGUAGUGAUUUAUUACACUAAUCAUAAGGAUUUAUAAUUUUAGUUAUAUUUAGCUGAAAUCAGAAGUGGGAAAAAUAAUCUCUGUGAAGUGGAUAUAUUCAAUAACACUAUAUCAAAUGGGGAAAUUUAUGUGAUAAAAUGAAACAAUUUUAAUUUGUUGAAACUUCCUGAGAAGGGAGUACAACAAUUUGACACUUGAAAAUCACAUGCAUAAACAAGCUCAGAGUAAAUAAUAAUACUAAUACAUUGUUGACAUUGUGUAUUAGUUGGAUAAAAUGACAUUGGAUGACAUUACACGUUUUUGGCGUGAAGAGAGAGAAGAAGGAGCAGUGUACAGUGUUUAUCUCAAGAAAGUCACAUACCACUCAUUCUGUGCGUUGGAAAAUGAAAAAGGGAAAGAAUUUUCACAUCUCAUGUGGGAGACACAGAAAAUUAGAGUGAUCAAAGCAGGAAGAUUAGAAAAACUAGUGGAAAGCUUAGUGACAGUAAAAGGAGAGCUGGACUCAACUUAUGUUAAUGUUUUCUUGGCUACUUUCCGCACAUUUGCAACACCAAAACAGGUUUUGGAUUUAUUAAUAGACAGGUUUAAAUGGUUGAGAAAAACUGGUACUGACAGUAAAGAAAAGAAGGAGUUACAUGAUAGUCAACAAAGAACAAUAAAAUCUGUAAUAUCGGUAUGGUUGGAUACAUAUCCUGAUGAUUUUAGAGAAGAUCCAGAUUAUCCAUGCUUACAUACUCUUAUGAAAUUCUCAGAACGUCACAUACCUGACAGUGACCUGUCAUCACGAGCCAAACACAAGUUAGAAAAAUUCCUAAAGGAGGCUUCAAAUAGAUCAGAUGGUGGUAUAGAAUUCCGGUUCUCUUUAUGUGAUGAGGUAGAUCAUAUGAUGGAUAUGGAUUAUGUUAAGCCAUUACAGUUAAUGGAUAUCUCCAAUCAGAGGCUAGCAGAACAGUUGACAUAUAAAGAUGCACAAUUAUUUAAAAUGGUUGUACCUCAUCAAUGUCUAGGUGCUGUGUGGGCUCGGAGAGAUAGGAAACAUGGUAGGGGAGGUAAUGUGGCUUCAAGUGUAUUGGCAACAAUAGAACAGUUCAACAGAGUUUCUUUACGGGUUAUUGCUACAAUUUUGAAAAAUCCUGAGCUCAGAGCAUCACAACGUGCUAGGAUUAUACAGAAGUGGAUAGAGACUGCUCAAGAAUUGAGAAAUUUGAAGAAUUUUUCCUCUCUAAAGGCUAUAAUCUCAGGUCUACAGGCUCACUCAAUAUACAGGUUACGGAGAUGCUGGUCGUCUCUUCCAAAAGAGAGUAUAGAAUUAUUCCAGAGGCUUGCAGAAAUUUUCUCUAGUGAAAACAAUCAGAUAGCCUCCAGAGAACUAUUAAUGAAAGAAGCAACAGCCAAGUUUCCUGAGGUAGAUAUCAGUAGUAAAACAACAAGGAGAAGGAAUAUGCAGAAAAGACAAUCAUGGAUUGACAAUGGUAUUGUACAAGGAACUGUCCCUUACUUAGGAACAUUUUUAACUGACUUAACAAUGAUAGAUAGUGCUAUAUCAGACAGAACUGAAGAUGGAUUAAUCAAUUUUGAUAAACGACGGAAAGAAUUUGAAGUUCUUGCCCAAAUCAAACUUUUACAAUCUGCUGCUCAGAUUUAUAAUUUCACAGAAGAUAAACAAGUUUGGAUCUGGUUUGAUGCUGUCCGAGUUUAUGAUGAAACUGAAAGUCAUGAUUUAUCCUGUUCUAUUGAACCACCAAAAGAUGGAGCUACUAGGCUAAAAAAGAAAUCAUCCAGUCUUAGUAGUAAGCCUCCAAAAUUAGACGGAUCAAAAUUAGCCAUUUUUUCUUGUGGACUGGAUGAUCGCUCUAGUAUCUGUAGUUCAUUAGAUUCACCUGUCUCACCUACUCCUGGGAUGUCUCACUCAUCAUCAACAUCAUCUUUAGUAUCAUACGACAGUGACCCACCAACUCCAUUUAAAUCUUCUGACUCAUGUGUGAUACGUGUCAGUUUAGAAUCUGGAAUAUAUACCAAUACUCAUGUUUAUAAAAGUAUUAUGUUACGAAAUACAGAUCAUACCAAUACUGUGAUAGAUAAAGUGCUAGACAAAUAUGGAAUAAUUCAUGGUAGACAUGAAGAAUUCUGUUUAUUACAACAACUAACUGAUGGAGAAUUCCUUAUACCAGAUAAAGCAAAUGUGUUUUAUGCAAUGAACAAUACAGAAAGUGAACUUAAAUUUAUUGCAAGGUCUAAAGAAGAUCAACAAACUAGGUCAUUACAUCGUAAACGAGGACGACGGAAAUUCCGAAUUACUUGAUAGUUGUUAUUAAACAGUGACUAAUAUACUAGAAAUAAUUCUCAUUACAAAAGAAGAAAAUGAAUGCUGUACCUUCCCAGAUUGCUCUAGUCUUAAAGAUGUGGAGAUGAUAGUUAUACCCUCUUCUGGGUUUUUCUCCUGGGAGGUGCAACAAUAGAAGGUCUAGUAACAAACAGACUAAAGCAAAUAUGCUGAAGGAUACCUAGGUGUUUUGUAGAUCCAUACAUAGAUCUCAUAUCAGUUUCUGUCCUUUAAUGGGAAAACAGAUGAAAUACAGUUCAUGUGCCUCAUCUCUUUCCACAUCAUCUUAUAUAAACCAUUAUGUACAAUUAAAUGUGUUCAUGUUGACAUAUAUGGCUUUUUUUUAUAAACAGAAGCAUUUUAACAUGAGGUAAUUUUUAAAGCAAACCUAUACAAAUGUAGUAACUACCAACAAUAACGAUACACGUAAUAUGGUUUUUUAAAUUUUUUGUUUGAAAAUCAACAUUAAAAUUUCAAGAAAUAUAAUAGGUGUAUGGUUUAUUCAAAUAUGAGAGUCAUUUUCUACUUUUUUAUAAACAUGUAGGAACUGAAUUGGGAAUUAGAAUAAAUUUAUGUUCAGUUUAAGGCAUAUUGGACCUUUAUCCAUUUAUUUCUGAAAAUUAUUGAGAAUGUUUUUACUGAUCAAUCUUUCUUAUUAUUCUAAUCAAUCUUUAUUCAAUCUUUAUUCAAGUUGUACUUUAAAAAUGUGAUGGAAAAGGACUGAACACAGCAGAGAGUAAAAUUACAAUCAGAUAAUCAAAUAUAAUAUGCAUUAGUUACUUCACUUAAAAGUCAUUCCAGGUAUGAUGUGGAAUAAUAAAGUUACCAAUAAAAAAUACAGCCAGUCUGAUCAUGUGACAGAUUUUUAUCCCCUUAUUAUACAAUAACAUGGCUGAAGAUGUUUGGAUUUUGUAAAUAAAUUGUGCAGAUGAUAUCCUUAAUAGUCAUAUUUAGUAACUUUUAUAUCAAAUCUGGUAAAAUUCUCAUUUUGGUGUGAGGGCUUUGCUCAUUGUUGAAGAAUAUUUAAUGAAUUUCACCUGUUGAAUUAGGUUCUCAGUGCAUUGUUGAAUAGCUGUCUCAUCACUGUAUACUCAUUAGUUUUGUCUCACCUGUGUCAAAUGUCACAGAUGGAAACUCAAUAUUUUUAAAGAAUGUAUGCUGAUUAACUUACUUCAGUUUAAUAAAACUGUGGUCAUUCUACUUAGAUUUAGUGCAAUAUGAUAUAUAUGUGGUGCUGUUUUAUUUUUGUUACUAGGUGACAGUUGUGAAACUUUGGUGAUAAUAAGUGUAUCUGUGUUUAGUUUCAGCUGAAAAAUGGUUUAUGUAUUUAUCAUACUUUCAUAAAGCGUCUGUCAUAUUUAAAUCUGCUUAAACAUGAGAAAACUGUAAUAUUAUUAACCGAUAAAAAGACCAUGUUUAAUAAUAGAACUGUUAAUUAUUGAAUACUAUAAAUGUCCUAAAUAUUAGUGUUGACUUUUUUAACAUUGGCCAAUGGGUAAAGCAAUUAAGCACAUUUUCUUUUCAACAUUACAGUGAAAGGCACGUUCUUAUUCAGUGACAUAAUAACAUUCAUACAGGGUGAUAUAGAUUUAUUGUACUUUCCAUUAAAAUUUUUGUCGAAUUACAAUUUAAGGUAUGUUUUCAUUUAUAUCUUGGUUUUGAUAUCUGUGCUCAUUAACUUAAUUUUGUACGAAUCACACACUAAUAACAUUGUUUUAUUCAAUCUUGAUUGCAAUAUUGUAUCAUGUAUAAUGCAUAGUGAUUAACCUUAUUUUAGAAACGCCUCUUUUUAUACUGCCUAACUUGCCAUUUUUGUGGUUGUGAUAUUUAUAUAGUUGUCCCGACUUUUUGUAAUUUUUACUAUUUUUAGAUAUGAUGUAAAAUAUGAAAUUGUUUGCUUUCUAUCUAGUCAUUUAGUUUUUAUAUAUAAUUUUACAAUCAAUCAUCAUUUUAUCAUGUCACUCAAGAUUACUUGCAGGGUUAAAAAUUUUGAACUUAAAAAGGGGUGUCUUUAUAUUUUCAGGCGACAUAAUUAUUAACAAGAUUAUGAAAGUUCAGCUUACCAGUUUAACUUGUUUUGUUUAUGAUGACGUCAUAAUAACCGAAUCUUAUCUCAGGACUUCAAAUCUGAAAUUUUGUAAUUGCACAGAAUUCCCCAUCGUCAUUUAUUAAAUGUAACAGACAACAUAUUUGUUGUUUACAGAAUUUUUAUGCCCCACCUACGAUAGUGAAACUGUAUCUACUCCCAUCAAAUUUGAAUCAUUAAAGGAUUUAGUUCUCAAGACUUAAUUUAGGAUUCUAAUGCAAUUGGUUUGUAACAAUAAUUUUCAUUUGACGUUGACAAAUAUUUUGAAGGGUUAGAUUCCACGUUCUACCAGUCCGUAACUAAGAAAGCCACCAUUUUGAAUUCCGAUUUUUUGGUAUGUAAUUUUCUCACAAAAUCUUCUUUUUGUCAACAUUGAAACCAGUCUGAAGCGUACAGUGAUUAUGUUUGACAUUGUGAGUAUACAUAUUACGUCACAUUGUUUAGAUGCUAAAGACGAUGCAACAGUUUCGCUGACUUUUUCAUUUGUCAUUUUAGGCCAAAAUAUUUAUUAAAUGGAAUUUAUUUUAAUAUGCUGCAUUAGAAUGGAGAUAACUGUAUUGUGUUUUCAGCUUGGCCUUCGUAAAACUUGAUUUUACUGUCGCAAAUAUCCGUUUACCUAGCUCUGCUACGUGUCGCUAGGUAAACUCAAUUUGCAACAGUAAAAUCUACAUUAUACGAAGGCCAAGCUUAAAAUACAAUACAGUUAUCUCCUAAUUAUUAAAUUACUAUAAAAUGAUUUACUUCUUAGAUUUUUUCUUUCAUUUUACAAUUGUGCAAAAUAGGAUUUCAGACUUAUAACACUUUAUUUUGUAGAUUAUGUAUUUUAGAUGUUAAAAUUUCAACUACUGGAUGAUGUGGAUGAUACUAAAUCAUAAUUAGCUUGAAAUAUAAAUUUAAAUUGUACAACACAUUACAUAAAUAGCUGUCUUUGAAGCAAAAUCCUAUAUAUGUAUCGUAUUAUCAAAAUAAUGGUAUAUUCUCCUAAAACCAAGUAAUACUUAUAAAAUAUAUUGUUAAGGCAGCAGUUGUAUUUAUUUGUGUUAUUUGUAAUGUUUUCCCAAGUAUGCAUACAGCAUUUCUGUGGUAUAAGUCAUUGUAUGUUUCAUUUAGGGAUAUUGUAAUAUAGAUAAUAUUCAAUAUAAGAUAAUUUUGCCUUUCUGUAAAAGAAUAUCCACUUGGCAUUGUAGUUUAUUAAUGCAUAUCAUAUAACAUAAAAAAAUUCUACAGUUCUUUGAUUGUUAUACUUAAAAUAAAUUUUCUGAAAAUGUAUGUGCUCUCAUCAUGUCUUGCUAUGUUUAUUUGGAAGGGUGAAAGGUUUUGGCAUUUUUUUCUUUUCCUUAAACAAAAAUAACAUUAUUUUUUUUUCAAAUGACUGACUUUUUUGUGGUGUAAAAAAUUGGAAAUCUUUUAAAUUAUGGCCCAGUGAUAUCAGAUUAUUUUUUUUAUAUAUUUCAAUUAUUAUCAUUUUUUGUUUUGCCAGAAACAUUUUGUUUAGGAAACGACACAUAACAAUCCUAUAUCCUGGUGUUUGCAGCGUCAAUAUUUAGGUUCAUUUUAUGGUUAAAUUAUUUUCAGACAUCAUGUACAUUGUAAAGUCUUUGUAGAAUUUUGAUAACUUUGUUUGAAGCUUUUUAAUGAUCAAAAGAUGUGUUCGAAACAAAUUUUGAAAUAUUUUUUUUAACAUUUUCCCAUAUUUUACUGAUAAAUUGACUUAGUUUUUAUACGACCGCAAUUUUUUUUGCAAAUUUUGCAAAAAAAAAGGGGGGGUAAAAAAAUUUUUUUUGGGGGGAGGUCAAUUCGCAACAGCAUAGUGUAUUGCACUAAAACAAAAAAUUGAAUAUAAAUUCAAAUCAUAUAACCAAUUCUAAGUUCUUUGACUACAGUUAUGUCAGAAACCUAUUAUGUGUCAAAUAUUUAAUUACAAUCCAAAUUCAGACCUGUAUCAAAUGCGAAUAUUGUGUCCAUUUUUGCUCCAACUGUUCAGGGUUGGACCUCUGCGGUCGUAUCCAGCUGCGCUCGGCAGAGCAAUUUAUUUUCAGUUGACAUUAAGAUACAGUCUGGGGUUAAAUUUUUUUAGACAUCAAUAACUUUGUCUAAUAUUAAUAGAAUUUAUAAAACUUUAACAGAAGCUUUGUUUAAGAUUAAAAAAUAAAAUAUGAAACAAAAUUUGAAAAUAUGUAUGUUUCAUUUUUGUCGAGCCUGCGACUUUUGUCGCAGAAAGCUCGACAUAGGGAUAGCGAUCCGGCGGCGGCGGCGGCGGCGUUAGCUAACUUCUUAAAAGCUUUAUAUUUUAGAAGAUGGAAGACCUGGAUGCUUCAUACUUUGUAUAUGGAUGCCUCAUGUUACGAAGUUUCCGUCAGUCACAUGUCCAAUGUCCUUGACCUCAUUUUCAUGGUUCAGUGACUACUUGAAAAAAAAGUUCAGAUUUUUUGUAAUGUUAAAUUCUCUCUUAUUAUAAGUAAUAGGAUAACUAUAUUUGGUAUGUGCGUACCUUGCAAGGUCCUCAUGCCCGUCAGACAGUUUUCACUUGACCUCGACCUCAUUUCAUGGAUCAGUGAACAAGGUUAAGUUUUCGUGGUCAAGUCCAUAUCUCAGAUACUAUAAGCAAUAGGUCUAGUAUAUUCGGUGUAUGGAAGGACUGUAAGGUGUACAUGUCCAACUGGCAGGUGUCAUCUGACCUUGACCUCAUUUUCAUGGUUCAGUGGUUAUAGUUAAGUUUUUGUGUUUUGGUCUGUUUUUCUUAUACUGUAUGCAAUAGGUCUACUAUAUUUGGUGUAUGGAAUGAUUGUAAGGUGUACAUGUCUAGCUGGCAGGUGUCAUCUGACCUUGACCUCAUUUUCAUGGUUCAGUGGUCAAAGUUAAGUUUUUGAGUUUUGGUCUUUUUUUCUAAUACUGCAUGCAAUAGGUCAGCUAUAUUUGGUGUAUGGAAUGAUUGUAAGGUGUACAUGUCUAGCUGGCAGGUGUCAUCUUACCUUGACCUCAUUUUCAUGGUUCAGUGGUCAAAGUUAAGUUUUUGAGUUUUGGUCUUUUUUUCUAAUACUAUAUGCAAUAGUUCAACUAUAUUUGGUGUAUGGAAAUAUUUUAUGAUCUAUAUGUCAGUCACGCAGGUUUUAUUUGACCUUGACCUCAUUUUCAAGGUUCAUUGCUCAGUGUUAAGUUUUUGUGUUUUCGUCUGUUUUUCUUAAACUAUAAGCAAUAGGUCAACUAUAUUUGUUGUAUGGAAGAAUUGUUAGCUGUACAUGCCUGCCUAGCAUGGUUCAUCUGACCUUGACCUCAUUUUCAUGGUUCAUUGGUCAAUGUUUAGUUUACUUGGUUAAUGUUAAGUUUAUGUGACAGUUGUAAUAAAGCUUUAUAUUUAGGACUAUCAACAUAAUAUCAAUGAUUAGUAAAGAAGGCGAGACAUUUCAGCGUGUGCACUCUUGUUCUAUAUUUUAUCGAUAAAUGGACAUAGUUUUUUGGAGUUUAACAUUUACAUACAGACUAGGACUGAAUUUUUUAGACAUCAAUAACUUUGUUAAACCAUCAUUAUGAACCUUGGACAGAUUCUUCUUCAAGAUCAAGUAUAGCAUUUGAAGAAAAAAGUUUUGGCAAUCUAUAUUACACUUUCACACUUACAGCAGCAGUCAUAGGUGAGACAUGAACCCAGAACAAUUUAGAAAAAAAAUGUAAGCAGAUAAACAUUUUUGAAAAUAAAAUAUAUAUGCAAACAUUCUAUUUUAGAAAUUACUUGAAAGAUUGCUUGCCUUAGUUGGCUUGAUUUAAAAUGGUAUCUUCAAGAUAUAUAGACUAUUAGAAUUGGAACUCAUUGCUUUCACUUGCAGUUUUAGAGGACACAGUCACGAUUAUGACAGUUGAUCACUUGUUGACCUGAUAACUAUUUAAAAAGAUUAUCCUGGACAUUUGCUUGUUUAAAUAUGGAAAUAAUUCUAUUAUUUUUCAAUAUACCUUGAAGUUAAAAACCAGUGUUCUUGCAAAUGAUGAGUUUCAUUGUUGUUAUACAAGGAAGUGUUAGUUGUUCAAAUCAAGAUUUGUCAGGUGACCUAUUCUUAUGUUUAUGUUAGUCCCUUUGAUGCAGUUUUAAUAACUGUCACUCUUUGAAAUAGCUCAUGAAGCAAUCUGAAAAGAAUUUACCACUUAAGAAAACUGUCAUAGUAAUAAAAAGCCUAACAAUGUAUUUUAACUGACUAUUUGGUAUGUUAUUGAUAUGAAUAAAUACAAGUGAUUUUACAUGUUAAUGUUGUUGUUUUUUUAAUCUGAUCUUGAAGCUAAUACAUUUCAAGGAGUUAUUAUAUUUAAAUUCCUGGUAAAUUUUUUGUAUUUGCAAAAAAUCUUUUAAUGAAAAGUAUCAAAAAAUAUCAAUGUAAGUCUUGUAUUUCAAAACUUUACUCCUGUAUGAUAUUUUUAUAUUUAUCACUUCACACCUUUUAUCAAAAUCAGAAUUCCAGCUUUUUAUUCUUUCUGUUGUUUCUAUGAUAAUGUUAUUAUACUUAAAUUUCCUGUUCAAAUACUCUCUGUGAUGUAUGAGUAAUAACAGUAGACAAGGUAGGAUUUAGAUUGUUUAUAUAUGUUACAUUGUUUUGUGUAUUGUCAUAUAAAUGUUAUGUAAAAACAAGCAAAUAAAAAAUCAUUAUUGA